GUGAUUUGAGCAUUUUUACCGCUUUUUUUGGCAAGAUGGCUUCGUCUAGCAACGCUCCUGCUACUUCUGAAGAGUCUGUACACCAGCAACAGCAGUAUGGUGAGGAGAAAUGGACUGCAUCGCCCCAGAAGAAGAGGAAAGGUUCACCAUCAACUUGGCGACGCAACGUGGAGAAGAAGAGGAGAGAUUCUGGGCAGGAGUACAAGACUUACAAGGACAUUACAGUACAAGCUCGUCGUGUUGGCCCGCCUUGCCAGUGUCCCAAGAAGUGCUACGACCUGGUAGGAGACGAGUCUGUGAAGAAGAUCUUCGAGGAGUAUUGGAAGAUGGCGAGUCACAACGCGCAGUCAAGUUACCUGGCAAGUCGCGUCACUGUCAAGGACGUCAUCCGCUGCUAA